GGCGCGCGCCGCCGUAAAGCACGCCGGCGGCAAUAGCAAGCGGCACGUGUGAAGCGAGAGACCGCGGGCGGGACAGGGAGGAGUCGGAGGAGCCAGGAGUGUUGUCGCGAUGAAAGCCUGGAAUAACAAGAAGUUUCCAGGAAAGAGCGGGAAAGGACCUCGUGGAAAACAGCUGCGUGGAAAACGAAAGUUUAAGAAAGAUGACGAUUCAGUUCCUUCAAAGACUUUUCAUAGUAAAAGAGAUAAGGAGGAAAAGCCUACAUCCAUUUCCAAAAAGCCUGUGAAAGGAAAUUUAAGACCUGGAAGAGCUAGUGUCAAACAAGUCAAGAAUAAACAGCAAACAGAAAAGCUUGCAAAGAAGAGGAAAUAUGAGGAUAGCACAGAGAGAGAGUCAGAUUCUAAGAAGCCUAAAUGGAAUGACUUUAAAAAGAAAAAGAAGGAGUUAAAGCAAAGCAGGCAACUUAAUGAUAAAAGUAAUUAUGAUAUAAUUGUAAAAUCAAAGCAAAUAUGGGAGAGCGUGAGAAGGAAGAAAUGUGAUAAGGAGAAGCGGGAAAAGCUGAUGAAUGAGCUACAAAAACUACUUCAUGGAAAAAUCAAAAACCUAGCAUUUGCACAUGAUUCAACUCGAGUGAUCCAGUGCUUUAUUCAAUAUGGUAAUGACAAGCAAAGGCAAGAGACAUUUGAAGAGUUAAAAGAUAGCCUUGUGGAGUUGAGUAAGUCAAAAUAUUCCAGGAAUAUUGUGAAAAAGUUUCUUAUGUAUGGGACAAAACAACAAAUUGCUGAAAUAAUAAGAAGUUUUAAAGGUCACGUGAAAAAAAUGCUCCGUCAUGCUGAAGCAUCUGCUGUAGUGGAAUAUGCAUAUAAUGACAAAGCCAUUCUGGAACAGAGAAAUAUGCUGACAGAAGAACUAUAUGGAAAUACUUUUCAGGUUUACAAGACACCACUCGUCCCAACACUGGAUAAAGUGUUAGAAGCUCAGCCUGAGAAGAGAGAGGCCAUUCUAGAUGAAAUGAAGCAGAUACUUACACCAAUGGCACAAAAAGAGGCUGUGAUAAAACACUCACUGGUACAUAAAGUAUUUUUGGACUUUUUCACUCAUGCUCUUCCAAAACAAAGAUCUGAAAUGAUAGAAGCUAUCAGAGAGGCUGUCAUCUACCUGGCACACACUCAUGAUGGAGCCAGAGUGGCAAUGCACUGUUUAUGGCAUGGUACCCCCAAGGACAGAAAAGUUAUUGUGAAAACUAUGAAGACAUACAUUGAAAAAAUAGCUACGGGUGAAUUUUCUCAUUUGGUUUUGUUGGCAGCAUUUGAUUGCAUCGACGACACUAAACUUGUGAAACAGUUAAUUAUAACUGAAUUAAAUGCUUCCCUGGCCAGUUUAAUUUCCAACAAACAUGGAAAAAAAGUCUUGCUGUACUUGCUAAGUCCUAGAGACCCUGCACAUUUUGUUCCAGAAAUCAUCACACUUCUGCAGCAGGGUGAUGGAAAUGCCCAUAGUAAGAAGAAUACUGAAAUCCGCCGCCAAGAACUCCUGGAAGCCAUUUCCCCACCUUUGCUAGAGUAUUUGCAAGAACAUACCCAAGAAGUAGUAAUGGACAAAGCUGCCUUUGUCUUGGUUGCUGACAUCUUAAGAACAGCUACUGGUGACAUUCAGCCCACACUGAAUGCAAUUGCUAGUUUAGCAGCAGAAGAGCUGGUUCCAGGUGGCCGUGAUGGGCAGCUUCACAUUGCAGAGCAUCCAGCAGGUCAUUUAGUGCUGAAAUGGUUAAUAGAGCAAGAUGAAAAAAUGAGAGAGAGUGGGAAAGAAGGCUGCUUUGGAAGAACAUUGAUAGAAUGUGUUGGUAUUGAGAAUUUGAAGACCUGGGCAGAAGUAAACCGAGGUGCCAUUGUUCUUUGUUGCCUUCUCCGAAGCACUGAUCAAAAAGUGACAAAUGCAGUCAAAAAAGGACUGAAAAAAAUUGUUCCAAAGUUGAAGCUGAAUAAAAAUACAAAAGGAAUAGAAGCAUUGCUGGAGAAAUUGACUUCUUAGUGUACACAAAGCUAAAAAGAUCGGUUACAACUAUGCAAUUAGCUGCCAUUUGGUAAGAUUUUUGGUCCAUGUCUGUGUUCUAAGCUUUUGUGAAUUAAAUCAUUUUGGAAGCA